AUGCCUUCUACCAAUGACACCCAGUUCCAUCCUCCCUUCUUUCUCCUGCUAGGAAUACCAGGGCUGGAGACUGUACAUAUCUGGAUUGCUUUCCCAUUCUGUGUUGUGUAUCUGAUUGCCCUUGUGGGGAACAUCACUGUUCUAUAUGUGAUCAAGACUGAACACAGUCUCCACCAGCCCAUGUUUUACUUUCUGGCCAUGUUGUCCAUGAUUGAUCUGGGUCUGUCCACCUCCACCAUCCCCAAAAUGCUGGGCAUCUUCUGGUUCAACCUCCAAGGGAUCAGCUUUGGAGGCUGCCGUGCUCAGAUGUUCUUUAUCCACAUGUUUACAGGAAUGGAGACUGUUCUACUGGUGGCCAUGGCUUAUGGCCGCUUUGUUGCCAUCUGCAACCCCCUCCAGUAGACCACCAUCCUCACCAGUAAAACCAUUGGCAUUUUAGCCUCUGUUGCUGUGGGCAGAAAUUUACUUCUUGUGACUCCAUUUGUGUUUCUCAUUCUGAGGCUGCCCUUCUGUGGGCACCACAUUGUUCCCCAUACAUACUGUGAGCACAUGGGUCUUGCCCGAUUGGCCUGUGCACCCAUUAAGAUCAAUGUUAUCUAUGGGCUCAUGGUGAUUUCUAAUGUUAUUGUAGAUGUGAUUCUGAUUGCCUCUUCCUAUGUACUGAUCCUGCAAACUGUCUUCCAUCUCCCCUGUCAGGAUGCCCGACUGAAGGCUCUCAGUACCUGUGGUUCUCACGUCUGUGUCGUGCUGUGCUUUCACACACCGGUUUUUUCUUUUAUGACACACCGCUUUGGUCGUAAUAUUCCCCACUGCAUUCACAUUCUUUUGGCUAAUCUAUAUGUGGUUGUCCCACCUGCCCUUAACCCAGUCAUCUAUGGAGUCAGGACAAAGCAAAUCCAAGAGCGGGUUGUAAAAAUAUUUGUAUAG